AAGCCACCACAGCCUCUGCUUGCAUGUCUCAUGUCGUCACCCAAGUAACAGGCCAGCUGUGUUCACUGUCAGACAUGUCCCAGGUCUUAUGUCUUGAGUGACACAUAGCUGACUGAGCCAUCGCUGCCCACUUAUUCCAAAGAAAAUUCUGGAAUGACUUUCCAAAGAAACUAAAAAUAAUUAGAGGGAGUCACUCAGGAACUUUGUGGAAGGAGCCUUCUCAGAAGCUGCACUGAGCCAGCUUACGGAAGUCUCUGUGUGGAAAGGAAGACUAUAAGAACUCAAUGUGACUAAUGUCCAGUCAAUCAGCCAUGUGACUGUCAUGUGACUUGUGCCAGGUCUUCUCUGAUCCUUGCUAUCUUAUUCUGAGUGAGUGUUAUGUUGGUGGGGAGGGAAAGGGGUGCGAUUCUGGUAGAAAGGCUCAAUUAAAAACUAGAUUUAGAGUGACUGUCUGCUUGUGGAGGGAAGUUAGAAACUGUGCCACAGGGAGUAGACCAAGUCAAAAGAGAGUCCUCCAGGCCUUGAUUCUGCCUGGGCACUGUGAGGGGCACCUAAAAGACACAAAAAUACUAAAGCGUAUAUGAAGUACAGGAAGGGGGAAGUAGGAAUAGGGUAAAGGGUCACUAGGCCAAGGCUUGGGACUGAAUGUGUUUCCUCAUAACCACCUUCCUCAUUCUGUAUGAAGUGUUUAGAGACAGACAACUUCAUUAUGUGAGAUUAUUAGAGAGACACAGUAACCAGCAUGGUGGGAGACAAAAGAGAUUGAGGAGGGAGAGGAAAGGAAUAGAGGAAAUACAGAGGAAAGAGGCAGAGUGAUAACAAGCCACUUACGAAGUAGAAUAGAGAAGAUAAGGCAUACGGUCAAGGUGGAAGAGGGGAGAACCAGCCCUGCCAAGGACUAGGGUGUGUCUCCCAGUCAAAACUAGGGGCCCAAGAGCCCUGUCAUGUUGUCAGUAACCAUAAGAGCGGAUCUUCUGCAACAUGGGAAAAAAAGAAGCCAUAUCAAUAAAGGAAGUUGCUGUCCACAAGGAGGUGGAGAUGGAGAGGUCCUGCCCAACUCAGUCCUCCACUUGAGAAGGUCUGAGCAUGGGUGUCACUUUACUCUGAUUCUCUCUGGACUCCUGAGCACCCCAGUGCGCCUAGACAGGGCAUUGAUGCCUUCCUGAUAGCCCUGCUGCUCUUCCUUCCUGGACAUAAUCUGGCCAUGGCUCAGAUUCUCCUUCUUUUGCUGUCGGCAACAUGUCUGCACACUGGAGGAUACACAAGAAAAAAUUACUUUGGGGUGAACCAACCAGCAGUCCUCUCUGGAGUCCAGGGUGGCUCCAUUGAGAUCCCCUUCUCCUUCUACUUCCCCUGGAAGUUGGCCAAGGAUCCACAGAUGAGCAUAGCCUGGAGAUGGAAAGAAGUCCAUGGGGAAUUCAUCUACCAGUCAACUCUAUCUUUCAUUCAUGAGCACUUCAAGGACCGGCUCAUCCUAAACUGGACACAGGGUCAGACAUUCGGAGUCCUCAGAAUCCUGAACUUGAAGGAGAAUGACCAGGCCACAUACUUCAGCCAAGUUUGCCUGCAAACAACAGAAGGCAUGAAGUGUUGGCAGUCUAUUCCUGGGACAAAACUCAUUGUUACACAUGAUCUCAGUACGACCAUGAGGACCCCCUCCAUCAUCACCUCUGCAGACCCCACAGCUGGCCUGGAGAACAUAAGGGGCCAAAGGAAUCCUUCACUGCUGAACCUGGGGGGCAUCAUUGGGAUGGUCGUGGCCAAAGUUGUAGUCAUCAUCCCCCUCUACGGAUGGAUGAUCUCUCUGUGGUGGAAGCAAAGGCCAGCAGAGUAACGCCUAAACCCCAGCCAGGCUCCGGAUGAGACAUCAUCCCUUCUUCCUCAACUAAGAGACCUCCCAGUGUUAGGAUCUCUCAACAGGGAGAUUAGUUUAUAUCAAAAUAGUUAUUGGUGACCACAUACCCUGCAUCCCACAACCUCCCAUGUGAUUCUCUCUGGGAAUCAGAAUUCUCAGAAUUCUUCAGAAUUCUGCUGUGAAAGAUCACCAUACUUGGAUAACCCCCACUUCUGCCACAUGGUCUCUGAAACCCUCUGCUUGAAACCAACUUCAUCUCAUAUGUCUCUGGGCCAGAGAGCCUGACUGUGCUCUUCAUUCUCUGCUCAUGGACUUAUUGACACUUUCAAUAAAUACCUCACUUCCCGCAAUCCAUCUCCAUGUCUCUCCUGAGCCCGCUCAUAACACAACUUAGAGAGUGGCACACUGUGUCUAGCAUGUGGGUCACUGGGAUAGAUAUAAGGACAAUAGUCUGCAUUGAAACCAACAGCCUGAUAAUCAAGGUUCACCUCUUCCUUACUCUCAGGAGGCUGACAUCUCAUCCAGAGCCCAACCCCCACCCCACAUGCUUCACAUCAAGUGUCAGACCAAGGCUUCCUUUCCUCACAAGCCCAACUGCAUGCACUCACAUUCUCAUUUCCUACCAUGUCGACAUUCUGGACUCUGGGUUCUCUCCUAGAAUAGGACAUUUGUCGCAAGUCCAAUCUGUCCUAACAUUUGAUAGUCAUCACAUCAACUUCUAAUAAAACCCUGUGGGGACACAGAAAACCAUCCAGAGUGACCCAGGAGGAAUGAAACCAGGCUUCUCAUGACAGAAGAAGUUCAUUGACAUACUCUAUACAGAUCUACCAAUGACACUGAGCCAUAAUUGAAAUGGCACAAAUACAGCUCCAGUUCACCAAUCACAAGGCUCAAUGAGUACCAUACAUGGGCCUUUUCUGAGUAAUUGGGGAAACUGUUUCCAAUCCCAUGAGGCAAGCUAGAGCUACUUGGGGUCAUGAAGAGGUCACCAAUACUCAUGUGGCUAAAGUGAAGCGCCCUGGAGCAGCUAUGAGGUAUCUACUGUUGUUGUGACUGCAUCCUAACACCCUAAGACUGAACACAGCAGCUCUCAUGAGUACAGGGACCUUAAAAGCAGGGAUGAUAUUUUCUCUGAGCAUUCCUGAAGGGUUGUCACAGCAGGAUGCCAUGAUGGAAGUCUGCCCAGCCGUUUCAAGGAGUCCAUUUGUCAGGUCCAUGUCGCAGGCAUCUGUACUCAGAGAAGGGGCCUUAAUCCACUUGCUCAAAUGUGACUUCUCAGGUCCUUUUUCAUUGCUCAAGAUGGAAAAACAAGAGACAAACCCAGAGCAAAGACAUAAAGAAACAACGUUCUCAACAACAUAGGUGCUUAAGCUCCAGUUGAAUACAUUUAGGCAGACUGUAUCUCUGAUGUACCAAAGGGAACAUUAUGGGGCAACUAGGAAGUAGACAUUGGUUUCUGCCCUGGUGACAAGUGUUUGGUAUGUGUGUUCCCUAGACUGAGCUGAUCGGUAAAAAAAAAGUACUAAAAGAAAUUGGGGAUCAAAACAUGCCUGUCAUCCCUACUAUUGACAGGUAGUGAUGGGAAGAUUGUCAAUUGGAAUACUGGUUCUUAACCUGUGGGUCAUUACAUCUUUGAAGUUUGAAGGACAUUUUCACAGGAGUCACAUUUCAGAUAUCCUGAAUAUCAGAUGUUUAUAUUAUGAUCAUAACUGUAGCAAAAUCACAGACAUAAAUUACCAAUAAAAUAAUUUUAUGGUUGGAGUCACCCCAACAUGAGGAAAUAUCACAGCAUUACAAAGCUUGAGAACCACUGAAUUGGAGGCUACUCUUGGUACCUCUUGAGUUUAGGCCAGCCUGGGUUGCAUGAGACUGUCUUCAAAUCAACAGCAAAGCUUAACAAAACUGAAAACAAUAAAGAGGGUCAUGGAUUGUCGCGCCCACCUCAGCCGGCAAGGAAGAUGCAACACCGUCGGAUUCUUCUCAACAGCCUUUAUUGCAGGACCACCUCAUUGCUGAUACGGGGACCUCAAGCAGCAAAGGCGCUCGCCUUAUAUAUACAACAGACUGGGGCUAUUCUAAUUUUCUUUCAGGGAUUGGCAGAGCACGAAUCACCCCACUAUCACCUCUGCUACUUGUCGGAGCAUGAACCACCCCAUUAGCAUGGUACCGCCCCAGCCAGAUUGACACCAGGUGCAAACCCGCACAUGCGCAGUACUGUUGUGUACCACAGGAGGGUGCCAGAUCACCUCAUUAUCCUAAGACUGCCCUGGCAAGGGGACAAGCCUGCGUAUACGCGAUAAGUUGUUUACAUCCAGACGGGACUGGAUGUCAGUGCCAUCUUUGUUUUACCGCGCAGCUCCCUACAUCUCCCCCCUUUAGUUUAAUAAAAUGACUGGACUAGA